AUGGCUGACAAACAUCGACCGAGCGAUGCGACAGUGAAAAGGACAGUCUUGUGUCCGAGGGAAGCACAUUUCGUGUGCAUCAGCAGCUGGUUCAGCUGCGUUACGUUCAUUUGUGGACUGGGCAGCCUCGUGAUUCCAUUCCUUCAUCCUUCGACGAUAGAGGCUGUGGAGAAGCAGGUCAUCCCUGGCUGCGAACUGGUUGGCCGGAUCAAGUCGUACAACGCCGAGAAGAACUUUGGCUUCAUCAGCGUUGAUGGCCAACACAACGACGUGUACUUCCAGAUCUGGGACCUCACAGAGGGCGUUAAGCAGCAGCUGGACACUGUGGGCCCUGACGGCAGCGGCAUCGUGUCCGGCGCGCUGGCCCACUUCUUUCUUCAGCUGAUGCCAGGCGGCGGCCGGCUUCGGGCGCGCGACGUCUCCACGUCGCCUGGCGCCGUCAUGAGUGACGCCGCCGCUGUGGACGCCGCGGUCCAGAAAGCGGCGCAGGUGGCGCACGAGGCCAUCAUCCCGGGAACGGGGAGCCUGCUCUACGAUGGCGCGGAGGUCAGCGGUACCAUCCGUACCUUCAACAAGGAUCGGGGCUAUGGUUUCGUGAACGUGGACUGCGAUGAGACGGAUCUCUACUUCCACAUCAAGGACAUGGUCCCAGACGACCAGCAAAAGGUCGCCCAUGGCUUCAACCUGGUUGGCCAGCGCGUCUGGUUCUGGGCAGAGAUGCUCGACAACGGCAUGACCGGCAGAUGGAGAUGUCACGAGGUGUCGAUGACCUUCAAGCGCGGCUGGCAGGGCGACGCGCCCCCUGCGAAGCGACCAAGGAUGGAAGGUCCCGGAGGAGGAGGAGCCCCGGGUGAGAACGUGAAUGGCACGUGA